CUUAACGUAACCGGACAGGAAAAGCCCCGCCGCCGCCGCCGCCGCGCCGGAGACACCGACCGCGGCAGCAGCAGCAGCUAGAGCCAGAGAAGGCGGCGGCGGCGGCGGCAGCGGGAGAGCGCGGCUGGGGCUGCACAGCGGCGCCCCCUCUACACUCCUCCUCGCAGCGGCGACGGCAACACCAGAUUUAAAAAAUGGAUUUGGCCAACCAUGGACUUAUUCUGCUGCAACAGUUAAACGCUCAGCGGGAAUUUGGUUUCCUGUGUGACUGCACGGUUGCUAUUGGUGAUGUUUACUUCAAGGCACACAAAUCAGUCCUUGCUUCAUUCUCCAAUUACUUUAAGAUGUUGUUUGUCCAUCAGACCAGUGAGUGUGUCCGUUUGAAACCAACUGACAUACAACCUGAUAUUUUCAGCUAUCUUUUGCAUUUGAUGUAUACUGGGAAGAUGGCACCUCAGCUUAUUGACCCAGUUCGACUAGAACAGGGGAUAAAGUUUCUUCAUGCCUACCCACUAAUUCAGGAGGCCAGCCUUGCCAGCCAAGGAGCCUUUUCGCAUCCGGACCAAGUUUUUCCAUUAGCCUCUUCAUUAUAUGGGAUCCAAAUUGCAGAUCAUCAAAUAAGGCAAGCCAACAAGAUUACCUCAGCAACUGACAAACUUGGGCGGGAACCAAGACCACAGACUUCCAGAAUGAGCCAAGAGCAGAUAUCCGAGGGAUCACAACUUUCUCAGUUAAAUUCAAAUCUGACACAAGUCAGUCGGACAAAUAUGACCCCCUCUGACCCACUACAGUCUUCACUGUCUCCAGAACUUGUUUCCACACCUGUACCUCCCCCUCCGCCAGGGGAGGAAACAAACAUGGAAGCAUCUUCUUCAGAUGAGCAACCUGCAUCCCUUACAAUAGCCCAUGUCAAGCCAAGCAUCAUGAAAAGGAAUGGAAGCUUUCCAAAGUACUAUGCCUGCCACCUGUGUGGGCGUCGGUUUACUCUUCGUAAUAGCUUACGUGAGCACCUCCAAAUUCACACAGGGGUACCAUUCACAUCAAAUCAGCCUGGAGAAAGUAGUGUUUCCCUCUCUCUCUGUACCAAUGCAGUUGAACUAGGGAAAGAUGCCAUGGAAGUGCCAGAAGCGGGCAUGAUAAGUGACAGUGAGCUUCAGCAUAUUUCUGAUUCUCCAAUCAUUGAUGGGCAGCAGCAGUCAGAAACUCCACCACCAUCAGACAUUGCAGACAUUGACAAUUUGGAGCAGGCAGACCAAGAAAGGGAAGUGAAAAGGCGGAAAUAUGAAUGCACAAUAUGUGGGCGUAAAUUUAUUCAGAAAAGUCACUGGAGGGAGCAUAUGUACAUACACACUGGCAAGCCUUUCAAAUGCAGCACUUGUGACAAAAGCUUCUGCAGAGCCAAUCAGGCCGCCAGACAUGUGUGCCUGAACCAGAGCAUAGACACUUACACAAUGGUGGACAAACAAACUCUGGAACUGUGUACCUUUGAGGAAGGUAGUCAGAUGGACAACAUGUUAGUACAUGCCAACAAGCCCUACAAAUGCAAUCUGUGUGACAAAACUUUUUCAACGCCUAAUGAGGUGGUUAAGCAUUCAUGCCAAAAUCAAAACUCUGAUGUUUUUGCCCUUGAUGAAGGGAGAUCUAUCCUUCUGGGCAGUGGGGACUCAGAAGUUACAGAGCCUGAUCACUCAGUGUUAGCUUCCAUCAAAAAAGAGCAAGAAACAGUGUUAUUAGACUGAAUGUGUUACUUCACAUUUUUCAUUUUUUACAAAGACUAUACUUUCCCUUCCCAAACCAAAACUACAAAUAAAGUUCACCGAGGCAUGAUAGAAACAGUUCCUCUCCCCAUUCUCCUUUUCCCUCACGUUCACUUUCUCAGCCCUCGCUCCCUCUGAAAAAAAGGCUUUGUGCAUUAGAACCUGGAAUACAUCGAUUUUAAUGCAAAGAAAUAUUGGACAGAUAAUGGUUAGUAGUGUUUACAAAUUCAAGAAAUAGAUUUUGAGAAAUGUUAGAUUAUUUUAAAAGAAUACUUGGAUCUAAUGAAGGGUACAUAAAAAUUCAAUUUGGUAAGCUAAAAUUGUACAAUUAUGACUUUCUCCGAGUAGUAAGGCUUCCUUUUUGAAAAUAACAGUUGCAAACAUACUGAGACAACUGUGUACUAUUUAAAAUCUAAGUGGUGUGGGAAAACUUCAGACCCAAGACAUUUUUUAUAGUACUUGAUUUUUCUCAAGGUGUCUUAUUUCAGGUUGCAUCAUUGAGAUUAUGUCCAUUCAAGAAAAUCAUUAUUUACAGCAUCUCCUUCAACAACAACAAAAUUGAAAGAGAAAAUAAUAAUGUGAUGGCAAUCUUUUCUUUUUUAAAAUAUUGGAUAAAAUGUGGAAAGUUCGUGAGUAUGUGUGUUUCUGAGAGAGACUUGUAUGUAUGUUUGAUAUAAACAGGUAAAUAAAUGCACACGCCUUAUCUAAUUGUAUCUAACUCUUUCCAAGUUGAGCCAAAAAAACUUGAUUUGAGAUAAAAUCUAAGAGUACUUUUUUAAAAAUAAAUUAGUUAUAUGUUUUUAAAAAUCAGAUUAAAAGUACUAUCCCAGAAUUUUCUUAUCUUUCUGAACAGCAAAUGACAUGGAAGUAGAGAAAAUGUCAUGUUUUCACAUCUUGUCCCAGUGCUGUUUCAGCAGUUACCCUGCUGAAUUCAUUUGUACCAUUAAGUUACAUUCCUUUAUAGCACUAGAAAUGCAAAGGGGGGAAAAAAGACUUUGUAUUCUGGAAUACUCACCUUUUCUGAAGAAGAUAGAAAUAGAAUAUGAUAACUACAGUGCAAUUAGUCCACAAGAUCUUGUCAAUAUCAGAUUUAAACAUCAAAAUGGAAUACAGAAAGAUGGGUGAAUGGCUGCACCUGCUUUUUGGGAUAAGCAUUUGGCUUUGAUGUUCAUUAUCAAGUUGUGGUUUUUUUUUUUUAAAUUUUGUGCCUGAAAUUCUCAUUGGCUUGAAAAUAGUAAAUAACAUCCAUUAUUCCCUUUGGCCAAUAAUAGGAAUGGCUCGGGACAAAGUAGGAACCCAAAAUGAGGUAAAGUGGGGAGGGGGAGAGGAAUAACAUCUAAUAGCUCUGCUCUGUGUAUAUGUUUAAAACUGAAAAUCCCAUCAUCCUUCAUGUAUAGUUGAGUUCUCAGAUUUGUAAGUUUUUAUACAUCAUUUCAUUGAAUAAAGAUUUAAUUAAAUGGAA